GAUAUAGAUCUUAUAAAAUCAUCUUGAAAAGACUUAACGUGGAGAGGAGGUUCAUGAUUAGACAGACGCCUAUAUAAAAGUUCGCAUUGACCCAAAAACAGGUAUUUCAAUUUCAUCAUCCACAAACAUCGCAUCAUCUGCGAGACGGUUCAGAGAUCCUCGAGAUCGGGAAAUUCUUUCGUGUAGUUAAACAUAUUUUUUUCUCUCUUGAGAUUCUCCUAAAACUCAUCGCAUUGGAUUUCGUGGUAUCCGAGAGUGUUUAGUGACAUUCGUGUUGUUUUCUUUUUACACUAAAUUGUUAAAAAAUAUCAGAAUUAAAUCUCAUUCAAAGCAGUGCUACGCGAUUUUUUUUAACUCAAAAAUUCAUUCAGUUUUGUAUUAAAAGUUUUCUGUGAAGGUAAAACAAAUUUGGUAAAAUGCCUGGACGUCCAUUGUGGCAGGUUGCUGGCAAGCGAGAGCCCUCCCAGGAGGCAGAGGCGCAACAUUGGAUUGAGACGGUGCUGGGUGAGCGUUUCCCUCAGGGUGUCUUAUACGAGGAUGUCCUACGUGACGGCGUUAUCCUGUGUCGAUUGAUGAACAGAUUGUCCCCCGGGAUCAUCUCGCGAAUUAACACGUCCGGCGGUGAUUACAAAAUGAUGGACAAUAUCAGUCAAUUCCAGCAAGCUUGCAUCAAAUAUGGCGUCGCCGAUGUUGACCUUUUCCAGACAACGGAUUUGUGGGAUCGCAAGAAUAUCGCCCUCGUCACUCAAACUAUCUUUGCCGUAGGACGUGCUACUUACAGACAUCCUGAGUGGAAAGGACCCUACCUUGGCCCCCGACCAUCAGAGGAGAAUCGUCGUGAAUUCUCAGAUGAGCAGCUGCGUGCUGGUGAGAAUAUUAUUGGUCUCCAGGCUGGUACGAAUAGAGGAGCCACACAGUCCGGGCAGAGCUUUGGCGCCACCCGAAAGAUUCUUCUGGGAAAAUGAGGUGUGGUGCACCAAUACAACGUGGCACAAUGCCCACAUCGCGCAAUUUAUUAGCACCGUAUUAAUUGUAAUUCUAUUUUUUUUUAACAAAUCACCCAUUGAUUAAUACUCCUCUCAGCUGUGUAAUUGAGCAUUAAUUAAAUGUAUACGUAUAAAUUCUAAAUUCAGGUCUUUCAAUCAAUAGUUUUUUUCUUUUUUUAUAUUGUAACACAUUCUUUUAUACAAUUUUACAAUUUUUUUUUAGUAUACAUUUUAUGCUUAUUCCGCAGAUAGAAGUUUUUAACAAACAAAAAAUUCGUUUCUUGCAUCUGCGCAAGUUAAAGAACUGCGUUGAUUUUUUUUAGUAUUUUGUUCAUGUAAAAAUUUAACAUUAAAAAUUACAUUUUAAUAUGUGAUGUUUACUGUUUUACAGUUUUUUUUUUCAUUUUCAUUUCUCACAGUUACAAAAA